AUGUCUUCAGAACAUAGACUCCAUUAUACUACUCCCUCAACAACAUUCCCUACUUCGCUCCCUCUUGGCAAUGGCCGUUUCGCGGCCUCGGUGCUCUCUUCCCCCGCAAAAGAAACCUUCAUCUUGAACGAAGUCUCCUUUUGGUCUGGAGAAACGCAGAAGGCAGGUGGAGGACUGGCAGAGAGGCCCGAGGACCCCAAAGCCGAGCUAAGAGAAACACAAAAAUGCUAUCUCAACGGCGAUUACGCUAAAGGAAAGAAACGAGCGGAGAAGUAUCUCGAGAGUAAAAAGCGCAAUUUCGGAACCAAUCUUGGCGUUGGAACGCUUGACAUUGUUGUCAAUGGCCAUGAAAGCAUUGGCCAAGUUAACGGCUUCGAGAGAGAACUACGAUUGGACGAGGCCGUAGCGGAGACAAGAUAUACUAUAGAUGGCCGCCAGUUCAAGAGAAGAUCCUUUCUGAGCCAUCCUAAUCAAGUGCUCGUGGUGCAAUUCGACGGUGAUGAUCUGAGUGGACUGGAAGUCGUGGUCGGCGUCCAGGGCGAGAACGAAGCAUUUACAUCCAAGAUCAAUGAUGAUGGAAAGCUCGAGUUCAAUGCACAAGCCCUCGAGACGGUUCACAGCGAUGGAACAUGCGGUGUCAAGGGCUAUGGCAUUAUCGCAGCAACUGUCGAUGAAGGAAAAGUCGAGCAUCGAGAUACCAAGCUUGUCAUUUCAGCAAAGAAGAACAUCACAAUAUUGGUGACCUUCAAUACCGACUACAGCGAGCCGAACGAGGAAUGGAGAAAGAGAACUACUCUACAGCUGGAAGAGGCUCUCAAAUUGUCUGCGGCUGACCUUCUCAAGGCCCAUUUGGAAGAUUUUCAGCCUCUAUAUCGUCGGAUGAGCAUUUCAUUGGGAUCCAAAUCCAGUACUACAGCCAGCAUCCGUACAGACCAACGUCGGCAGAACUUUGAGCCUUCUGGAUAUGCUGAUCCAAGCAUGUUUGCACUGUACUUUCACUAUGCCCGUUACCUUACCAUUGCCGGUACCCGUCAUGAUUCGCCCCUGCCGCUACAUUUGCAGGGUCUAUGGAAUGACGGCGAGGCUUGCAAAAUGGGCUGGAGCUGUGAUUAUCACCUUGAUAUCAACACGCAGAUGAACUACUUUGCGAUCCUGAACGGCGGUUUCUCCGAUCUUAUGCAGCCUCUCAUCAAUUAUCUAAUAAGACUUGCUGCGAGCGGCCAGCAUGCUGCUCGUGCUUGCUAUGGCUCCGAAGGUUGGGUUGCUCACGUCUUUAGCAAUGUUUGGGGGUUUGCAGACCCUGGUUGGGAAGUUUCGUACGGCCUCAAUGUGACGGGUGGUCUUUGGAUGGCAAACCAUCUUAUCGAGAUGUUUGAGUAUUCUCUAGACGAGGGUUUCAUGGCCAACGAUGCAUGGCCGCUGUUGGCUGGCGCAAGCAAGUUUUUCCUUAACUACAUGGUUGAAGAUCCAAAGACGGGCUGGCUGCUCACGGGCCCAUCCGUAAGCCCAGAGAAUAGCUUCUUCGUUGUCAACGGUGAUGGCGAAAAGGAAGAACAUUAUGCGGCCCUAGCACCGACUCUUGAUGUCGUCUUGGUCCGCGAUCUUUUGGCUUUCUGCGAGUACGUGGUGACAAAGUUUAAUGCUGGAAAGUCCAAUUGGGAGGAUGAUAUCCAGCAAUAUCAAGAAGCACAGGCAAAGCUACCUCCAUUCCAGAUUGGCAAGAAUGGCCAACUUCAAGAGUGGCUGCAUGAUUUCGAAGAAGCUCAGCCUUAUCAUCGACAUCUCUCCCACACAAUGGCUCUAUGCCGGUCAGCGUUAAUCUCAGCUCGACAUCAGCCUGAUCUAGCAGAGGCAGCGCGUGUGACGCUAGAACGAAGGCAAGGCCGCGACGACCUAGAAGACAUUGAGUUUACGGCUGCCCUUUUUGCCCUCAAUUACGCCCGUUUGGGAGACGCAGAGAAGGCCGUCGCACAGAUUGGCCACUUGGUGGGUGAGUUGAGUUUUGACAACCUUCUCAGCUACAGCAAGCCGGGUGUGGCGGGUGCCGAGGCAAACAUUUUCGUCAUUGACGGCAACUUUGGAGGUGCUGCAGCUAUUGCUGAGAUGCUGAUCCGAUCGAUUAUUCCUCGUCUGGGAGGACCAGUGGAGGUGGAUCUGCUGCCGGCUUUGCCCGCGGCUUGGUCUGAAGGGACAGUAGACGGCAUGAGGGUCAGGGGAGGCUUGGAGGCUCAUUUCGAAUGGCAUGAUGGGAAGCUGGACGGUGUGACGUUCAAAGCCUCUGCAGCAUCGUCGUUGGUUGUGUUUUAUGGCGAGCAUCGAUUCGAAACGACGUACCAGCCUGGAGACGUCAUUAAGCUGGGCCCGUCGCUGCAACUGCAGAACUGA